CCCGGAAGUAUCUGUGUGCGUGUCACCUGGAAAGGGAAGUGACGUCACAUACCCGGAAAUCGCUGGGUAACACGUGUCUGACUCCCAUGUGUGAAUUGCAGGAGUGAAAUCAUGAAGUUUUCAUACAGAUUCAGCAAUCUUCUUGGUGCAUUUUAUCGGCGUGGGAAUUUGAACUUCACCCCGGAUGGAAACUCUCUAAUCAGCCCUGUGGGAAAUCGGCUCACUGUUUUCCACCUCAAGAAUAAUAAUGCAGAGACUCUGCCCAUGGCGUCUCGCUGUAACAUCUCUUGUGUUGCUCUGUCUCCCGAUGGCUCAUUAGCAAUACUCGUGGACGAAGAAGGUGCAGCUCUACUCGUUAGUUUGGUUACAAAGUCUGUUCUGAACCACUUCCUUUUUCACCAACCUGUGCACAGCGUGCGUUUCUCCCCGGACGGCAGAAAGUUUGUGGUUUGUAAAGGAUCCAUAGCUCUACUCUAUCACGCACCGGGGAAGAAGCGAGAGUAUAAUGCCUUUGUAUUGGAUAAAACGUUUUAUGGUCCUUACGAUGAAACAUCAUGUAUUGACUGGACAGAUGAUUCCAAGUGUUUUGCUGUGGGUAGUAAGGACAUGUCCACCUGGGUAUUUGGAGCUGAGCGCUGGCAGAAUCUCAUCUAUUAUUCGCUGGGAGGACACAAAGAUGCCAUAACCUCUUGCUUCUUUGAGGAGAACAGCCUAGACUUAUACACGCUCAGUGUGGAUGCCACACUCUGUACAUGGCAGUGUGAUACGGAGCUGGCUGGGCUCAUUCCUAGACAUGAAAGUAAGAAAUGUCGUGAGAUGGACACAGAGGCCGAUGAAGGACAAAAUGAGGAAGUCCGAGGUUCAGCCAAUCCUAGUCCAGAGGAGAAAACUGGCAGAGUGCAGUAUAAAAAGACUGGCAGGCACUUUUUUAAUAAGGAAGGUGAUUUCACCAAUCUCACAUCGGCCGCCUUUCAUAAGAAGCUCCAUCUCCUUGUCACAGGAUUUGCCUCUGGAAUAUUUCAUAUUCAUGAAGUCCCUGAACUCAGCCUGAUCCACUCACUCAGUAUUUCAGACCAGAAAAUCUCUUCCAUUACGAUUAACAACACUGGGGAAUGGAUCGCAUUUGGCUGCAGUGGUUUGGGACAGUUGCUGGUUUGGGAGUGGCAGAGUGAGUCGUAUGUGCUAAAGCAGCAAGGCCAUUUCAACAACAUGGUGUCUUUGAGUUAUUCUCCUGAUGGACAGCAUAUCGUUACUGGAGGCGAGGAUGGCAAGGUCAAGGUGUGGGAUACAAACAGUGGUUUCUGCUUUGUGACAUUCACGGACCAUACAAGCUGCAUCACAGCUGUGACUUUUACCACCAGUGGACAGGUGGUACUCAGCGCUUCCCUAGAUGGCACAGUGAGAGCGUUCAGUCUGCUCAGGUACCGUAAUUUCCGAACCUUCACAUCUCCACGUCCGACACAGUUUUCCUGCCUGGCAGUUGAUGGGAGUGGAGACAUUGUGUGCGCGGGGGCACAGGAUUCCUAUGAGGUGUAUGUGUGGAGCAUGCAGACAGGAAAACUCCUAGAUGUCUUGGCUGGACACACAGGUCCUAUUAGCAGUGUGGCAUUUAACCCUUGGAGGUCUGUACUGGCCACAGCAUCGUGGGAUAAAACUGUCCAAUUGUGGGAUAUGGCUGACAGUUGGAGAACCACAGAGACCCUGAAUCUAAACUCCGAUGUUAUGGCAGUUGUAUUCCGGCCAGAUGGUAAAGAACUGGCUGUGGCCUCUCUAGAUGGACAGAUCACCUUCUGGGACCCUGAGAAAGGGAAUCAGUCUGGAUCCAUUGAGGGCAGACAUGAUCUGAAGAUGGGACGCAAAGAGUUGGACAAAGUGACUGCCAAACAUUCCUCGAAGGGAAAGACGUUUACAACGCUUUGUUACUCAGCCGAUGGCCGCGCACUUUUAGCUGGUGGAUUAUCUCGAUUUGUCUGUAUCUAUCAUGUUGAAGAGCAGAUAUUGGCCAAGAAGUUUGAGAUCUCUUGUAACCAUUCACUGGAUGCCAUGGAGGAAUUUCUUGAUCGCCGCAAGAUGACUGAGUUUGGUAGUGUGGCUCUGAUCGACCAGGGGGCUGGUGAUGAGGGAGGGGUCAGUCUAAGCCUGCCUGGAGUUCGAAAAGGUGAUAUGAGCUCCCGACAAUUCAAACCAGAGAUACGUGUAGCCUCUCUGAGAUUCUCUCCAACUGGACGCAGUUGGGCAGCCACCUCCACAGAAGGUCUCCUCAUCUUCUCUCUGGAUUCCAGUUGUGUAUUUGACCCGUUCCAGUUGGAUGAGGAAGUGACAGCUGGCGCAAUUCACCGGAUGUUGCGUGCUGGAGACUGGACGCAUGCUAUUGUCAUGGCAAUGAGACUUAAUGAGAAGCUCCUCCUCCAGGAAGCUUUGGAAUGUGUGCCCUGCACAGACAUCUCUGUUCUUUGCUCUUCGCUGCCGGAGUUAUACGUGGAGAGGCUCCUGGUGUUUUUGGCCUCGCAGAUCGAAAGCUCUCGUCACCUGCAGUUCUAUUUGAUGUGGGCACAUCAGCUGCUGAUGCUUCAUGGACAAAAUCUGAAGAACCGAUCGAUUUCUCUGCUUCCAGCCAUUCACUCCUUGCAGAAAAGUCUCCAGGCUCACUUUACUGAAAUCUCCAAACUCUGUGAUUGGAAUCGCUAUAACUUGAAGUUUGCACUGUGUUUAUCACGCCAGCGGGGAGCAAAGCGAGCAGCGGAAGAAUCCGUACAUGACUCUGAGUCAGACAUGGAGUCUCUUGAUACGAACCUGGGAGAGGAGGAGAUGCAUGUUUGAGAAGCCCUCUCCUCCUCUGUGUUGCUUAUAGACGGUCUGGUACACUAUGUAGAGAUCCUGAAUGAUCUUUUGUGGACAGCCUUGUUGCUGCGGUGGAUGCAAGUUCAGAAAUCCUGUAAGCUCCUGGGGUCUGAGACUUCCCGUGUUAUGUGCUACCGGUACAAUAUGUGGAACCAGGAAUAUGACUUCGCUCAGGAUGUCUUAUAAGGAGUAUCCAGUAUUUCAGGAUUCGCACAUUCUCUGUUCUGCCACGUUCUAGGAGUGAUCUCAGGGUGUGUUUCAGACAGUGGACUCAAGGACGGUCCGUUUCAUCUAGAUACAGAUAAUCCCGAACACCUAGAAGCCGUAAUCCGUUCUAACCCAGAGUCAGUUUAUAUGUAAACCAGCCGACAUGACCUCCUGUGGAAAUUACGUGUGUAUCCUCGCUCAAAAAAAACCCCUAUUAUUAACAUCCAUUCACAGAGGGGAAACCUUCCUUAUAAGAGACUGUUUUUUUUGGGGGGGGGGGGAGGUUUUACCAUGUAACCUUCUCUGUUUCUAGUCCGGUGAUCAUUUUGUGAAUAUAAUUGAUUGUUUACCUGUGUGAUGUCUGCUGCGUUAUAAAAUUCAUACAGUAUCAUUUUAA